AGCCGAAGAUGUCGACUCGGUCAUGUGAUCAGCUGUGUCCAAUCAUAGCUGAUCACAUGGGACAUGUACACUGAUCAUCAGGGCACUGAUGAUCAGUGUGCCCUGAUGAUCAGUGUGCCCUGAUGAUCAGUGUAGCCCCAGCAGUGCCACCUGUCAUUGUCCAUCAGUGCCUUGUGCUAGUGACCAUCAGAGCCACAUCAAUGCCACAUAUCAGUGCCUACCAGUGCACAUCAAUGCCACAUAUCAGUGCCCAUCUGAGCUGCCUUUCAGUGUCACCCAUCAGUGCCACCUAUCAGUGCUGCCAAUCAAUGCCAUCUCUCAGUGCCUGUCAGUGCCGCCUAUCAGUGCUGCCUAUC